UCCCCACGCACGCUCCUGCAAAAAGCGCACUGCCACUCUCUUGCAUGGCGAGGCUACAGCGUUGUGUAUACACAUGUUGGUGCAGGACGAGGAGGAGGAGGAGGAGGAGGAGGUGGGAGCGGCGGUGGAAGAGGAGUAUGCGAAGGAAAAGGAGGAGGAGGAGGAGGAGGUGGCGGCGGCGGCAGCGGAAGAGGAGGGCAAGGAGAAGGAGGAGGAGGAGGAGAAGGAGGAAGAGGAGGAAGAGGAGGAGGAGGUGGCAAUAGCAGUAGGAGGAGGAGGAGGAAGCAUGGAAGAGGAGGAGGAGGAGGACAAGGAGGAGGAAGAGGAGGAAGAGGAGGAGAUGGCGGCGGUGGAAGAGGAGGAGAAGAGGACGAGGAGGAAGCAUCACAGCAAGGUAUAGCAAUCGUUGAUUGGAGUCUGUAUUCCAACUGUGCUGCAUGGCAAGAUGAUGUAUCGAUUCUU